AUGGAGUCCUCGCUGAAACGCAAAUGGGGCUUCAAUGACUGCGCCGAUCGCUUGGUGCAUGAUCACCGAGGCAGGCCACUAGUCAUAGGCUACAAGUUCUACGUUCGGGAGGAUAUUGGCAGAUUCUCUCAAUCCAUAAUGGUGUAUGACGAGGACACGCAAGCGGCCAUGAAGAAAGCAGAUAUUGAUUACAAACAUUCGUCAGACUCUGCAUGGGGCUCCAAUCUGAACAAAGGCGGUAGCUUUGAGGACUGGGAAAAUUCCUUCAAGGUUGCUUGGAAUAUGAAGCGUUAUCGUAUUGCAAACCCUUCGUUUGUUAUUGGCGAAGACUCUUCCGUGAAGAUUGAAGGACAGCCUUCGUUGGAUCUUGACGAGUCGGAGACCAGCACCGUGCAAGCUCAAUCUACCAUCGGCACAGGUGUGAAUCAGCAGCAAGCUGCUCGAGACGAUACGGCGAGAAGCCUUCAGAAACUCAAACAUGAUAUCGAAGAGUGGCAAAAGCUUGAUGAGGAGGCGAAGGAGCGAGAGGGUGUGAUGCAGAGGAGAAAGGAAGAGAUCGAGAAGAUCAAGCAGAAAUUGGAGGAAGACAAGACCUACGUGGCUGACAUUCGGAAGCGGCAGGAGCAGAUCGAACAGCGCAUCCAUUGAUGUUGAAACCAAUGAUAGAUCGUGGUUAGAUGUUCUUGGAAUUAUCUGACCAUGCUCGCAAGAGGGAGCUUCGGGCGCCACAUCACUCUAUUCUGAAAAAAACAAAAACAAAACAAAAUUUCCAUGAAAAAACUCAUUCUAUUAAAAAGGGCCUCCUGUGGUGCUGUACUCAUCAUAUUGUACGAAAAGACCAUGGUGGGCAAGGUUGGUGAGAUAGGCGAUUACAUUACGGAUACGAUCUCCAGUAGCUUCACUGCUUCGUUCUUCAAUAAGGGCAUCACAUCUGUC